GCACCAGGACUCCAGGGCUGACUGUUCGGAACGCAGGACUGAACAUAAUCUGUGCUGCCCAUUACAGUUGAAACUAUGGGGCCAGCCACAAUUCUCCAGACCCUGUUUGCACUGUCAUUCACAACUGUAGUGAUCUCAGAUCCUCACUAUCUGGUAGCCUUCCCUGCAAUUGUCCAUUCUACUAGCACUGAACAGUUCUGUAUCCUCCUACAAUCCCUUCCAGAGACAGUCCAUGUAAGUGUAACACUGGAGAUGUUUCCAUCCCAGAACCACACUCUGCUGGAUAAGGAAAUAGAGAAGCCGGGGAUCUAUGAGUGCCAUCACUUUCAGGUAAACUUCCUAAUAGAGGGAAGGACUGCUUCUGGGUAUCUGGAAGAAGUAGCCCAUGCUCGUAUCCUUAUCCGAAAGGGCGAUAGAUUGAGAUUUGAGGGCCGGAAGGAGGUGCUUGUGGAGAACCCUUAUAGAAAGACUCUUACAGUGCUAGACAAACCCUUUUAUAAGCCUGGGGAAACAGUAAAGUUUCGAAUUGUGAGGCUCAAUGAAGAAUUUAAGGCCCUUGAUGAAACUAUCCCUUUGAUUGAACUAAAAGAUUCUAAUGAGAACAGGAUUGGACAAUGGACUGAUGUGAAGCCUCAUCAUGGCAUUAUAGAUUUGUCCUUCCCCCUGGCCUCUGAAACAGCCUUGGGAGAAUACACUAUCAAAAUUGAGGGAAUGGAUAAAGCCGAACAAAAUUUCAAAGUGGAGGAAUAUGUGCCAGUUAAAUUUGAAGUGUUGCUUGAAUUACCCCACCUAAUCACCACAGCAGAUGAGGAAAUCCACGUCAAAGUGCAAGGCAGGUACACAUAUGGGAAGCCUGUUCAUGGAAAAGUACAUCUCCAUUUGACUCGUGAUGUGUCGUUUUAUUUUUCUGAAGAUGAACAAUUGGGAAGAGAGGGUUCCAUUCAUCUGAAUUACACAGGCCAGACAGACAAGACUGGUUGCGCUUCUUUUACGAUCAAUGCAACAGGCCUUCAUCUGUCUCAGAGAGGUUAUGACAGUUACAUUAAGCUUUCAGCGGAUUUAGAAGAAGAAGGAACAGCUGCCUUUAACCAGUCGCCAGCUAAAGGAAAGAAAAAGCCUAUUACAGAAGGGUUCCAUAAUUUGAGAAGAAUUACAAAAUUCCUGUUUUUUUACCCUCAGAUGACAUUUACCGUGGGAGGAGUACCUAUAAAGAACCAGACCGUCUAUCUUACUGUUGACAUCAAUCAUGUGGAUACACACCUUUCAUAUGUCACAGAUGAGAAUGGUGAAGUUAAUUUCUCCUUAGACACAACAAAAUGGAAGAACACUGAAGUUGCUUUGCGGGGUAGGUAUUCCAUUUUUAAUGUGACCCAAGGUGAUCCCUUUGACCCUGACAUAACAUAUAAUGAAGCUUUUGCCUGGGUGAAGCCCUUCUACUCAGAGAGCAAUAGUUUCCUUGAGAUUCAUCAUGUGGAAGAAACGCUGCCCUGUGGAAAGGAUCAGCAAAUACUAGUGGACUACGUCCUUGAUCGAACAGAAUUGGACCCAGAAGCCAAUCACAUAGAUUUCUACUACAUGGUUGUAUCAAAAGGAAAGAUUGUCACCAGCGGACAAAAAGAAGUGCCAACCAGCCAAGAUGAGAAUGCAGCACUGAAAGGGACCUUCUCUCUCACCCUGUCUCCAAGCUCUGAUUUUGCCCCCACUGCCUGGCUCUUACUUUUUGCUGUGUUUGCUGAUGGUGAGGUGGCAGCUGACAUGGAUCAGUUCCCUAUAGAGAGGUGCAUCAAGCAUAAGGUAACAUUGGACUUCUCAGAGAAGGAGAAGCUUCCACAGUCAGAGGUCAGUCUGCAGAUAGAAGCUGCCCCUGGUGCACUGUGUUCUCUCCAUGUUGUGGACAAAAGUGUACUCAUCAAGGAGAAUGUAACUCUGACACCAGAAAAUUUAUAUAAUGAUUAUCGAUUUGAUACUCUAACUACUGCAAGAGGAUUUAUGUAUCACGUGGAAGAUUUUGAGCCAUAUCCAUGCCUACCCGCUGAAGGCAAGACGCAAAACCAGCCCUUGAUAGCCCCCUGGUUUCAAAGGCAACCUGAUGUCUAUAGUCUGUUCAAGCAACUGAGGAUAAAACUUUUUACCAACACAAGAGUAAAGAAACCAGUGUCCUGUCAAGUGCCAGUAGAAGGAGAAGCUUUUGGUGGAGGUGUUCCUCAGCUCUUAAGUUUAAAGAACGAAGCAGAUGUCGUUCCUCAAUCAAUUCCUAAACCAGUCACCCACAAGAAAGAAAAAGCCAAGCCCAGGGCAUAUUUUCCAGAGACCUGGAUUUGGAAUCUGGUUCCCAUCAAUGAGGAAGGGAAAGCAACACACUCAGUCACCGUUCCAGACACAAUCACAGAGUGGAAAGGAAAUGCCUUCUGUGUGGCUUCGUCUGUUGGGUUUGGACUCUCCCAGCAAGCCACACUCACAGUUUUCAAGCCCUUCUUUGCUGACCUCCAGCUGCCGUACUCUGUGGUUCGUGGAGAGACUUUCCUAGUAAAGGCGAUUGUCUUCAAUUAUCUCAAAGAAUGUAUCCAGGUGAAAAUAGAUCUACCAGAGUCUCAAGAAGUGGAGAUGAAGCCAUGCCCAACCUGCCAGUUCACUGCCUGCCUCUGUUCUGAUGAGGCUGAAACUUUCUUCUGGAAUGUGACAGCUACCCAGCUGGGGCAGGUCAACCUCUCGGUAACGGUUGAGGCCAUGGAGACACAAGACUUGUGUGGCAACGAGAUCUCCACGACACCUACACAAGGCCGGUCUGACACAGUGAUCAAAUCCCUGCUUGUAAAGGCAGAAGGUGUCCUUGAAGAAAAGACCCACAAUGCAUUCCUUUGCUCUUCAGGGGAGCCAGUGGAAGAUGAUAUUUCCAUAGAAUUGCCUGAAACUGCAGUGGAGGACUCUGGCCGUGCCACAAUCUCCGCCAUUGGAGAUAUAAUGGGCACUUCGCUACAAAAUAUAGGCCAGCUGCUUCAGAUGCCCUUUGGCUGUGGUGAGCAAAACAUGGUCAAGUUUGUUCCUAACAUCUUUGUACUUCAAUACCUGGAGGCAACCAACCAGGCGACUCCUGAAAUCAAAGAGAAAGCAGAAGAAUACAUGAAGAGUGGAUACCAACGUCAGCUACUCUACAAACAUGAUGAUGGUUCCUAUAGUGCUUUUGGGAAGAAUGAUGCUGAGGGAAACACCUGGCUGACAGCUUUUGUGGCUAAGGCUUUUGGGCAAGCAAAGUCCUAUACCUAUAUUGAAGAAAAGCAUAUUCAGGAUGCCGUUCACUGGUUGGGGCGGCAGCAGCUUCCCAGUGGCUGCUUUCAAAAUGUGGGAAAGCUCUUCAACAAUGCUCUGAAGGGCGCCGUGGAUGAUGAUUUCUUACUGACAGCUUACAUCACUGCCUCCCUGCUUGAGCUCCACUUCAAGACAGAUAAUACCAUGGUAGAUGGUGCCUUGCGCUGCCUGAGAAACAACUCAAAAACUAUGAAUGGGACCUACCCCAAGGCCCUGUUAGCUUAUGUCUUCUCAUUGGCUGGUGAUAAAGAGAUACGACAACAGCUCCUGCAAGAGUUAGAGGACGAGGCUGACAAAACAGAUGGUACUCUGUCCUUCUUAGAGACUGAGACAACUGCCUACUUUCUCUUGGCCCAUCUUUCUGCAUCGGAUGUGUCCACAGAUAAACCCUCACAGAUAGUGCGUUCCCUCACCAAACGGCAGAAUCCCUACGGAGGCUUUUACUCCACACAGGUAAGGAGCCAAAUCUUCCUUGCAGGAAAAGAGUACUGUUGCAGAGCACUGUUGCAGAGCACAUGGAUUAGGAAGUACACAGUCUGGCAGCAAAAGCUUGCCUCACUAAAUUCAGGGGCUCUGAAUGCCAUGGCUAAUGGGGCCAGUGGUGGUGACAACAUUUGA